ACAAAGGAGAAGCCAUUCAGCUGUGGGAUUUGCAGCAAGGCCUUCUCUCGGAAAGGUCAUCUAGUACAGCACAUGGGAAUACAUACAAAGGAGAAGCCAUUCAGCUGUGAAAUUUGCAGCAAGGCCUUCUCUGAGAAAGGUACUCUAGUAAGGCACAUGAGAGUACAUACAAAGGAGAAGCCAUUCAGAUGUGAGGUUUGCAGCAAGGCCUUCUCUGAGAAAGGUACUCUAGUAAGGCACAUGAGAGUACAUACAAAGGAGAAGCCAUUCAGCUGUGAGAUUUGCAGCAAGGCCUUCUCUGAGGCACGUACUCUAGUAAAGCACAUGAGAGUACAUACAAUGAAGUCAUUAAUGUAUGAAAUUUUCAACAAAGCUUUUCACGAAGAAAUUAUCUAGUUAAAUAUACAGGAGUACGUGAUAUUACAAUACAGGGAGUAACCUUACUGCUGUAACAUUUACAAUAAAGCCUCACUUGAAAAUAGCCUAGUGAACUAUAUGAUAUUACAUAGAAAGGAAGAGCCAUACUGUUGUGUGAUAUGCUACAGUUGUAAAAUCUAUAAUAACUAGACUAUCGGGCCAUUAGAGAGUACACAAAGGAUAAGCCGUAUGAUCUCCUAGUGCAACACAUAAUAACCCAAAGAAGACAUUUCCUGGGGAACACGUGACGGUAUCAAAUACCAUUAUAUUUCAUCUAAAAGGAACAAACUUCUUGAUACUAUUGGGAAAGAAUUAUCCCAUGCUUUAUAGAAUCUUCUGAAUUAUGCUAUGGAUAAAAUUUUUGACAGAGUUCUUUCGAGAAUAAGAAACUUUUAUGCGUUAUGCCCUGUAUUUAAUUCUCCAUGUUUGUUUUGUUCUGGUAAACUCACGUAUGUUAUUACUGAACAGACCACUACUGGUCAUGGCUUUCGAGAAAGCGGCUCCUCCGCCUCCUCAAUAUGGCAAUUAAUGUGGGAAAAAAAGCUUCUAUUUCUUAUAAUGAGAAGGAAAUUCAUGCAUUCCAUAUAAAAUAAUGCAUGAAAUGUUUUCUUUUAUUGAUUAAACAAAAGAAAACCGACACACUUUCAUGGCUAUAUCUAUAUCUAUGUAGAUAUAUAUUUCUAUACAUAUAUAUAUUUACAUAUAUGUAUACAUAUAUACAUAUCUAUC